AUGGCUGGAGUUUAUAGAGAGUCGACCCGCGUCUACCGGGACCGAGCCGACUCAACUUCAUCCGAUGAAGGCGGAUACAAGAAGAGAACAACUGUCCGCCGUUACAAAGUCGCCCCUAGCCGUGUUGAAACCCUUGAGAGGAUCGAACGCGAGCGUGUAGAGCUUGACGACGACGAUCGCCGAUCACGAUAUUCCAACUAUCCCCCUCCUCUGCGUACUUCCGGCGAAUUUCCCUACGCCGAGCGCCCCCGCUCUGCCUUUGAUUCCCGGAGCCAGGUUGUCGAACGUCAAGUUAUUGAGCGCGAGCGCGAGGUCGAUCCCUACAGAACCGACUCUCGCAGCGUCAUCUACGAGAAGGACUACGAGCGGGAGCGCCGCUUCGACGACAACCGCAGCGUCAUCGAAGUUGAGCGUGAUCGCGAUUGGGACCGUCGCUCUAAUCGCCCGUGGGAUCACCACCACCACCACCAUCAUCACCAUGGCGACACCGAAGUCGUCGUGGAUAAGCGCGUAGAGCGUCGUGAGGAUGGCGAUGUUCAGGUUGAGAAGCGUAUCGAGGAGUACCGAGACGAUCACGGCGGCGCAGAGGUCGAAAAGUACCGUAAGGAGACCGAAUAUUACUCCCCCGUCAGCCCCCCGCCCAUCCCCCAGCCCGUCAUCAUUCGACAGAAGGCUCCUGAGCCCCAGCAGAUCAUUGUCCAGGAGGCUCCUCCGCCAGCUCCUAUUGUUCUUCCCCGCCAAGAACCCAAUAUCGUCGUCUUGAGAGAGCGCGAACAACCAAUGGUCCGCCGUGACCCCCGAGAGGAUGAGUACUAUUACCGCCGUGAGACCAAGACUGUCGGCCGCCACCGGGACGAUCGCGAGUACUACUAUGACCGCCGGGGACGUGGCUACGCCAGUGAUGAGGAAGACUACCACUACAAGAAAACCAUCAUUCGACGUGAGAGAAGCAACAGUUCCGACCACCACCACAAGCGCCACCUUGCCGAGGGUGCCCUUGCCGGAGCUGGUAUUGCUGCUCUCGCUGCAAGCCGUAGAGACAGCCACGGUGAGCUCCCCGUCAACCGUGGAAGCAAAGUGCUCGCUGGUGCCGCGCUCGGAGGUCUGGGCACUGAGAUCAUCCGGCGUGCGCGCAGCGCGUACGAAGAAAACUAUGGGGAUGACUACUAUGACCGUCACCACGGAUCUCGAUCUAGAUCACGCAGCCGCAGCUCCAGGAUCAAAACUGGUCUUGGCAUCGCCGCUGCUGCUCUCGCGGUAGCCGGUGCCGCCAAGUACAUGCAGAGCAACAAGAUUGAAAAGGAAGAGGCCACCCGCGGCCGAAGCCGUGGCAGAGGCUACUCUGUCUCUAGCUACUCGGUAUCUCGAUCCCGUAGCCGCAGCCGCAAGAGCCGCAGCCGUUCUGUCGCCAAGGCUGCCGCCGCAACCGCCGCCGCCGCUGGUUUGGUGAAGCACUUCCGUGAUAAGUCCAAGUCGAAGUCCCGUAGCCGAUCGCGGUCCAAGUCUCGUCUCAGAACCGGCGCAGAAAUUGCAGCGGCCGGCUUAGCCGGAGGCGUCGCCAGCAAGAUCUACAAGAAUCGCAAGGACAAGAAGGAGCGCGAGAUUGAGCGCGAACUGAGCGAUGAGGAGUAUGAGGAGGAUCUCCGGCGGGAGCGGCGGCGCUCACGUCGCCGGUCGCGCAGCAGGUCCCAGGCCCGCUCUCUAUACUCGGAGCCGCGCAACGCUGAUACCGAGCUAGGCUUAGUUGAGUACGGAACAGCUCCGCUGCCGUCCGAGCCGCCCUACCCGCCGGAUGACGGGUAUGAGUCUGCAGCGAACGAGAGGCGACGACGUCGACACCGGGAUGGACGCGAUGACCCCGAGCCGGCGCAGAAGAGAAGCAAGAGUCGAUUGAGAGACAUGGCGGCGGCAGCGGUUGGGACAGGGGCCGCCGCUAUUGGUAUCAAGCAGUAUCAGAAAAAGAAGGAGAAGGAAGAGGACGAUAGGAGAUCGAGGGAAAGGAGCGCACGAUCCCGUUCCCGUGAUAGGUCAAUCUCGCGCGAUAGAGCCUACUCACGGGACCGGGCUUCAAGGGACCGAGUUUCAAGAGACCGUGCUUCCAGCGGAGAACGUCCACGAAACAGGGAACGCGAGCGUGACCGCAGACGAUACGAAGAUGAUGCUCGAGCCGGGCAUUACGAUGACUACAGUCGUCCGCCGUCGCCGCCACACGCGUCGGGCGGCUCGUACUACCCAACUGCGACUGGUGCUGCUGCGGGCUUCACUCAACACCCAAACAUUUCGACAACGAACUUGCGGGACCAAUACCCGCCGUACCCUCAAGAUUACGGGCCACCGAUGGGACCGUCUCCACCUAUGGCCACGGGCGGCGCUAGUGGAUAUCCUCCUCCGCCUCCGCCGGCGGGAGGUCCUCCUCCGGCAGGCGGCCCGCCGCCCGGAACGAGGUUCGGCCCUGACCAUACUAUGCAUCGGCAUCGUAGGGACCAAGAGGUGGCUGCGGCUGAAGAGGAGGAGACGGAGAAGCAGCCACCUUCUCUGAGUGAGGAGCAAUUAGCAACCAUCCGGCCAGUUCUCAACCGCCGACGGUCCUCGUCGGACCCCUCCGCCAAUCAUCCACUCAUCCGCCAGAAGAGGCGUGGCAUGGAAUUCCCUGUGAUGGACUCGGAUAGUGAAGUAGAGGUGCUUCCCGAUCGCUUUGACUCUCAUGGACGUCCUCUGAACGGUAGCACAGGCGCAAUGAGAUGGCGGCAAGGCAACUUUGAAUCGCGGCCCCGCAACGGCAACGGCUGGCACACGAGCGGCGCAUGGGCCGUCGGCGGCACGGAUGACGACUCAGUCCAAAAGAUCGCGAGCAACAUUGAAGGCAUGAUUAGCGGGCAUGGCAGCUGGAAGAGUCUCUUGAAGGACGUGGUUGGCGUUGUGCAAGAGGUGCAGCAUGGAGGGCAGCGAAGGAUAGAGGACGAUACGAGCGAAGAUGAGGAUCACGACCGAAGACGAAGGAGAAGGAGGAGGAGGAGCGGAUAA